AUGUUUCUGCGAGCUUUGAGUCGUCUUUCCGGCAUCAUUCCGUCGACGAUCGAGGCACGGGGUUCGGCACAAUUUACGAAAACCCUAUCGACGCGGCAUCAAAGCACAAAUGCAACGGGCAGUGAGGAACAGAAGAACUUGGAUUUGCCACUAACCGACAAUGGGAAACGAAUAUCUGGAGAAAAUUACCUAGCAAAUGUGCGAAAAGCUUUCGAGAAUGGAGACAAGGAUGAAUGGGCAUUGCCGGCCAAAAAUGUUCUCUCGUUAAUCAGUGAAUACGAUGUUUUGAUAAAUGAGAGUGCCGAUUUCAAGGACAAAUAUCAACGAGCGCUCGCCGAGAUGGAAAAUGUUCGCCGACGUGGUGUGAAGCAAGUCGAUGACGCGAAGACUUUCGCUAUUCAGGGCUUUUGCAAGGAUCUCCUUGAGGUGGCAGAUAUUCUUGAUCUCGCCAUGGGCAGCAUAAAGAAAGAGGAUUUGGAUGAAGGCGGGAAACAACUGCAGGACAUUUACGAGGGAAUCUCGAUGACAAAGCGGGUGUUGCUGAAAAUAUUUGAUAAACACGGUUUGACGGCCGUUGAUCCGAUGGGCACAAAAUUCGAUCCGAAUCUUCAUGAAGCAAUCACACAAAUACCCGCAAAGAGCGUCAACGUUGAGCCUGGAAAUAUUGCUUUUGUUUCGAAAAUUGGCUACUCAUUGAAGGGCCGACCGAUUCGCGCCGCACAAGUCGGAGUGGCAAUUGAC